AUGUCAAAGCUCAUCCUUAUCCUCGCCGCACAAAUCCUCCUUCUCGCCGCCGUUGCCUCCGCCGGAAACUUCGCAAGAACAAUGAAUCCGAAACGCAUCCAGAAGAAGGAGAAACUCACACAUCUCCGAGUCUAUUGGCACGACAUCCUAAGCGGUCGAAACCCUAGCUCCAUUAUGAUCCACCCGGCGGUUGCAAACUCAUCAACCUCCUUCGGAUCAAUCAGAAUGAUGGACAACGCACUAACAUCUGAUGUGCCGAUCAACUCUACUGUGGUGGGUCAGGCACAAGGCUUUUAUGCAGGAGCGGCUCAACGUGAGCUAGGUUUCUUGAUGGCGAUGAAUUUCGCUUUCAAGGCAGGGAAGUACAAUGGAAGCACGAUCACGAUUCUUGGUCGGAACACGGUGUUCUCGAAAGUUAGGGAAAUGCCGGUGGUCGGAGGAAGUGGAGUUUUCCGGUUCGCUAGAGGUUAUGUCGAGGCUAGAACCAUGUGGUUUGAUCAAAAGUCAGGAGAUGCUACUGUGGAGUAUAACUGUUAUGUCAUGCAUUACUGA